AUGAUAGGCAACGAUGAUGAGAAAGAGAUCGAGGAUGAGGGAGAAGCCGAAAGCGAUUGGGACAGCCUGCGCUGCAAGAGUGGAGAAAGCGCGAGUAUUUUCCAAGAGUUGUGCAAGCCGGACUUGAGCUUGAAGGUGACGUUCCCCAGAGAAAGGAAGGAACCUGCCAAAGUUCUCCAUGGGAAAAUCAAAAGUCCCCCACCAGGACCAGUGGAACGAGAUGAUGUCCGAACCAUUGGAAGCCCUCACACGAGUCCCUCCAGAAAGGAAAAUGUCAAGCGUAUCCGCGUCGACGUCGCCCUUCCGACGACACAAAACUAUAGCUCCAGCUGCCUUUGUGGGGUGAUCCAACUUCGAGGCCGUAGUAUGGAGACCACAUCCUCCGAGGCAGGCGUGCCGCACAAUUGGCUAUUGAUCCACAUGAAUGCACGGCCUGUUUACAUGAUAAUCACCAUCCCGUGCGGGAAAAUAUCAUUGGACCAUUCACGAAAGGCCAUGCCAAGUAACCAGCUGAAAAGCGAAUCCCAGUGCUCAGGCCCGAUGGAAACCACGCCGGACCAGCUUAACUGGGCUGACACAGGUCCAAAAGUUCUUGGAUGGGCCAACAGGCAAGGCGGAAGGAAAGUCCUAGCCCUUCGACAUUGCGAUGGCACGUCACCAGCUGUCGAGAUGGAUUGGUGGGAGCAAUAUGGACGAUAA